UGUCGCUGUCGUUUCAUGUGAUAGCGACCGAAGCCAAAACACGUGGGCUAGAAAGUUGUCAUGAAUUUUGUGGAGCUCCCUGUUGCUUUUGUUUUCCAACUCAUUAUUAAAACUUGAAUCGAAUAAUUCAGUGGAAACAAUGGGAACUGGCCAAGAAACUCAUCGAGCUGGAGUCUUUAAACAGACGAACAAGGCUCACAAAACAGGAAGACAUCGGAGCAAAGGCUCCAUCAGCAGUGCAGUCAAAGGAAAAGUGAGCGUCAAAUCAUUUACAAAACGAUCGAAAAAAGAAUUGGGUAAGGAGGCUCGUCGUCACCAAUGCCAGCAGCUGAGGGCCAAGAAGAGGGAGAAAGUGUUGGCUGCCAAGAGGAAUCUCGGGGGCUCCUCUGCUCCACCGGUUUUGAUUGCGAUUAUUCCCCUUCAGGAAGAUUUUGACGUUAAGACUGUUAUUAGCAGUCUCACAGGUGCAGACGAAACUGCUGAAGUGGCUGAGAGUCCCCAAGGGCUCACUCACAUCUCAGUCCCUAGAUUCAAGCAACGUUUCACCUUGAUUGUCCCACCGAUAGGAAACACAUUCGCAACUUUAGAUGCAGCAAAAGUGUCGACAACAAUUCUAUUCGUGUCUUCAGUAGCCUUGGACGCCUCCGGUACUCAAAAAUCUGAAACGAUUGACUCCUGGGGGGAGGAGAUACUGGAGGCAUGUCUAGCUCAGGGUUUACCCACCACUAUCAUUGCGAUAACAGAUCUGGAGUCCAUCCCUAUCAAGAAAAGACAAGAUGUGAAACAAACAACCCAAGAAGUCCUCUCAAAAUGGCUCCCUGAGGAUAAAAUCCACCCCCUGGACAAGCCAGUCGACGCCCUGAACCUUCUACGAAAGACAGGGGCCCAGAAGCAGAGAGCUGUGACUUACAGAAACCGGAGACCCCAUCUCAUAGCAGAAAAGCUCAAAUUCUCGUCCUCCGAUGAAAAGACUGGAACUCUGGAGAUCUCGGGGUAUCUAAGGGGUCGUCCACUGUCUGUGAAUUCCCUGAUCCACAUUCCGGGUUUCGGGGACUUCCAGAUGUCUCAGAUCGACGCCUCGGAUGAUCCUUAUCCCCUAGAUAAGGAGAAGUCCAGGAAACAUGACGGGGAAGUUAAGAUGUCAGAAACGAGGGUUUUAGAGGUGGCAGACCCUGCGAAACAGGAGUCUCUGCAGUCUGAGAAUAUUCCUGAUCCUAUGGAUGCAGAACAGACCUGGCCCACUGAGGAGGAACUCGCUCAGGCACUUGAAGAUCAGAAAAAACGGAAAAUUGUGAAGCUAGUGCCAAAGGGCACAUCAGAGUACCAAGCCGCCUGGAUCCCCGACGAGGACGGUGAGCCCGACUCUGACCCCGACUCCACCGCCUCUGACGACGAAAUGUCGAUAGCAUCCGUCCAAUCCGAAGACGACGAGGAUCAGCCCCCUAACGACGAAGAAUUCGAAACAAUGACCGUGUCCGAAGCGCCCCCAGACCACCAGAAAUACGACGAGGAGAUGGACUUCUACGAGGAAAAAACUGCUAUGCAGAAGCUCAAGGAAUCCAAAACAGACGCUCAAUUCCCCGACGAGGUUGACACCCCCCAGGACACACCAGCGCGCAUCAGAUUCCAGAAAUACCGAGGACUGGAGUCCUUCAGGACGAGUCCCUGGGACCCCAAGGAGAACCUCCCCUUCGACUACAGCCGAAUUUUCCAGUUCGCGAACUUCGAACGUACGAGAAAGAGAAUUCUGAAGGAAACGGACGACUCCGAUGGAGCGAAGCCCGGAUGGUUCAUCACUCUGCACGUGAGGAACGUUCCUCGAGUCUUCUUCGACGCCUUCCGCACCUUGAACGAUCGUCCACUGAUCGUCUUCGGUCUUCUGCCAAAUGAAAACAAGAUGUCAUUGCUGAAUGUCGUCUUGAAGAGUCAAAUCAGUGGAGCUGAACCCAUAAAAUCGAAGGAACGACUGGUAUUUCAGUGUGGAUUCAGGCGAUUCAGUGCUUGUCCUGUUUUCAGUCAGCACACGAACGGAUCUAAACACAAGUUCGUCAGGUUCCUGCAGCCUGAGGACACUGUGGUGGCCAGCAUGUUCGCCCCGAUAAUAUUCCCCCCUUGUCCAGUGAUCUGUUACAAGGAGAUGAGGGAUGGCAGGCUGGAGGUGGUGGGUAGGGGCAGUGUGCUCAAUGCCGAGCCCAAUCGACUGGUCAUCAAGAGGGCUGUCCUGUCCGGGCAUCCGUUCAAGGUGCACAAGAGGAGCGCUGUCGUCAGGUUCAUGUUCUUUGAGAGGGACGAUAUCAAUUGGUUUAAACCUGUCGGGCUGAGGACCAAGUAUGGACGCAGGGGACAUAUUAAAGAGCCUUUGGGAACUCAUGGCCACAUGAAAUGCGUUUUCGAUGGACAACUCAAGUCUCAGGACACAAUUUUGUUAAACUUAUAUAAGAGAGUCUUCCCAAAAUGGACUUACGAGCCUUGUUUAAUUACUUCAGAGGCAACCAAUGAGCAGAGUAUGAUGGAAUAAAUCAUAGACAUUUUUUCCCAUUGGAAUUACUGUAAAGCUUGUAAAAUGUUAGAGCAACAUUAAAACUUAUUUCUAAGAAUGAAAAAAACGACAAAAAUAGUUUUAUCAAUUUUCAUUUAAUAUUCACCUAUUUACCAUACGGUUUAAUCUUAAAAAUAAUAAAUCCAGCAUUCGUACAACAUUUACUGAAUAAAUAUAAAAAAUUCAAUUCAUCAAGAGUUUUAAAUACGCGAGUCCAUGAUUUUCUUCAUCUCAAUUGUACUAAUUGGAAAUCCUACACA